AUGGCCGAUCAAUCGCCCGAGCCAACGCCCCCGCAUCGCGAGGUGGUGGAUUUUACGCAAUCUGCCCCUGCCGCGAUCGUCACCACCGUUGCCGCAGAUGAAACGAGACCCAGAGGCAGCACAUCUGGUUCGAUUCCGACCGUCGUGGUGCAGGAUUUCGAUGAGGGCGCUGCGCUGAGGAGAGCAAGGAGCAACAGCAGGAAGAAAAAGAAGAAGAAGCAGAAGGCGCACAAGAAAUCGACCACGGAGACCGAGACGGGUUCGGAGAGCGACACGGAGGAUGAAGCUGAGGAGUCGUCUUCAUCUUCGUCGAGUAGCGAGAGCGACGACGAAGAGGAGGAGCAAGAGGAGAAGAAGGCACCGCCCAAGAAGACCAGAUUCGACGUGCCCAAGAAGGCCAAGAAGGACAAGAGCGCUCUCGCCCCCAGGUCGAGUGUCGAUGUUGCCGCGCUGAGGCGCAGCGAGGACUGGCGCGGUGCGCCGAGGGCAAGCAUCGAUUACUUUGCCGACAUCCGCAACCCGCCUCGCUACUCAGUUGAUCUGCGUCGCAGCGAAGACAGGCACCGCUACAGCGAGAUUGCAGGCGAUGCCUUCAUGAGGAGGCGCUCCUUUGGCACCCGCGGCACCGCGCUCACCGUCGAGCCUCUUGACGAGCAAGAAGAGGAUCUCUUCGGUCGGCGCAGCAGGGAGAUGCCGGCGCUGUUUGGCAUCCGCCCGUCGUGGUCGGGUCGCGAGUCCGUCGAUCGCAGGCGGUUCACCCAGCAGCUCGACAACGAGCUUCGCGCGCCCCACCCCGUCCAUCAGUCCAACAUCUUGGCCCUGAUUGGCAACAUCAUCUAUGCCGCGCUCUUCGGCUGGAUCAUCGCCGCCGCCUACAUGGCGGCCGCGGGCGUCCUGUGGCUCUCGCAGGUGGGCAAGCCCUACGCCUACAUGUGCAAGAAGCUGGCGGGCUACUACCUGUGGCCCUUCGGCAAGUACCUGACGGUAGGGUCCUACGGCGCUUAUGUCGAUACCAGGCCCGCUGGCUACGGCGCCAUGUCCGCGUCUAAGAAGGACGACACGCUUGAGCCGUUCACGGAAAGUACUUCGCUGUUGACGAGCCAAUCCAAGCGUUCGCCAGUGAUGACGGAGGAGGCCUACGUAGAGGUCUACGACGACUUCCAGGCCUACGAGGUCGGCGGUGCGGCCAAGGCGAUCUGGUCCAUCGUCGCCGCGUUCCUGACCGUGAUUCACGCCGCGAUCGCCGCCAUCUGCUGGAUCGUCGUCGUCAGCAUUCCCAUGUCCAAGGUCCACCAAGUCGGCAUCAAGAUGGCGUGGCACGACCCGUUGGCCGUGCGCAUCACGUCGUCGGCCAAGAUGGACGGCGAGAUCGAACUGAGCACCGAACAGGCCUUCAGCCUCAGCUACGUCUCCUACCAGGCGCUCGGCGUCAAUGUCGUCCUCCUGAAUAUGACGCCGUGCAUUCUGAUCGUGGUGCUGUUCGAGCUGGUCAUUCCGCACGAGUACCACCCGCCCUCGGUCAUCUUCGCGCUGAUGUGCCUCUUUGGCAUCGUCCCACUCGCCUAUAUCAUCGGCACGGCCACCAAUUUCACGGUGGGGGCCAUGCUCAACGCCAUCUUCGGCGUGUCGAUCGAAAUCAUCCUCUACUCCAGCGCCAUUCGGAGAGGUGGUCUCGAGACGUUGGUGCAGGCUGGCGUUACCGGUUCGGUGUUGGGCGAUCUGCUGCUCAUCCCCGGUCUCUCUAUGCUCGCGGGCGGUAUCAAGUACAAGGAACAGAGGUUCAGCCCGGCAGUGGCCGGCGUGUCAUCCGUGCUCCUCGUCAUUUCGGUCAUCGGUGCCUUCACGCCCACCAUCGUGUGGCUGGUGUACGGUGAGUACCACUUCUCGUGCCAGAGCUGCACCUUCUUCAACGGCACGGAAGCCUGCCAGGCCUGCGACUUUGUCCGCGUGACCGAUUACGACUCGUCGCCUGUCUACAUUCAUGCCGUGAGACCGCUGAUGUACGCGUGUUCGAUCAUUCUGCCCUUCGCCUAUCUGGUCGGCCUCCUCUUCACGCUCAAGACCCACUCCUACAUUUUCGAGAAUGAUGCCCCUCGCUGGACCAUUCGCAAGUCGUCGAUCGUUCUGGGCAUCUCCAUCGCCCUCUUCGCGAUCGUGUCGGAGGGUCUCGUCGCCGUCAUGGAGCCGGCCCUCCACGAUCUCGGCAUCAACCAGACCUUCGCCGGGUUGACACUGAUGGCGCUCGUGCCCUCUUCCGCCGAGUACGUCAAUGCCAUUCAGUUCGCGUUGAACAACCAGAUCGCGUUGUCGAUGGAGAUUGGCGCCUCUUCUGCCGUCCAGAUCUGUCUCAUCAUGAUGCCCAUCCUCGUCGGCUUCUCUGCCUUUGUGAACCACCUGAACAGUGCCAACUCGUUCAUCCUCGUGUUCCCGCUGUUCUCGGUGUUCGCCAUCAUCAUGAGCGUGAUCAUCGUCAACUACAUCUCCAUCGAGGGUGUGACAAACUACUUCAAGGGCGCCUCACUCACCAUCAUCUACCUCCUCUUCGUUGCUGCCUUCUUCUUCUCCCAGCAUGUGACAGUGUAA